AUGUCUAAAGAACAAUUAAAAGUUUGUUUAGAAAGCAUUAAUGAAUUCGUUAGAGGCUAAAAGAGAUUAGAAAGAAAGAACAAAAUAUUAGCUUAAUCUAAUAAAUUAAAAAAUAUUCAAGUCCAAAAAAACUCAACUAAAAUUUAAGAAGAAAAUAUUAUACCCAAAGCAAAAAAAUUAGUUAAAAAAAUUGAAAAAGAAAAUAUUAAAAGAACUUAGCCUGAAAAUUAACAUUAAAUCUAAAAAACUAUCAAAUAGAAAUCCCAGGUACAACAAUUUUUAGAAUAAAUUCAUCUUAAAAUUCUACCUUUCAGCAAAAUUUGUGAUUAAAUUGAAAAUUUUUAUAAGUUUAAAAAUAAAAUCACAGAAGAAAGUGCUAUUCAUUCUAAUUAGACUUGCAUUUAUAAACAUAUAUGUAAGUAAAAAUCAACUAGAAUACAAAAUCAGAAAAAUAAUUACACACCAAUUAGUAUUAGUCCAAUUAGCACUAAAUAAACAGUUUCAAUCAUUAAUAACCAAAAUAAAAAAACUCCCCUUGAGUUUUUUUCAUUUAAUAACAAAUAUAAAAAAUUAACCCUUUUUCAAGAAGACAUUAAAGAAAUUUGCGAAUUAGCUAAUGGAAUUAGAAUAUUAAAUAUAAAUAAAUAGUGA